CGCCCACCCGCCCGCAAGGCCUGCCGGGAGAGCCCCCAUCUUUAAGCGCGUUUGGCUGGCCCGCGGGCGCUCGGAAGUCGAGACGCUUCCGUCGUUGUUCUUGAAGCGGUGGAGACUGUGGGGGUCGGCGUCUUUGAGUGUGAGAAAUUUUACAGAUAGCCACAAUGGCUGAAAAUGGAGAUAAUGAAAAAAUGGCUGCUCUGGAGGCCAAAAUCUGUCAUCAAAUUGAGUAUUAUUUUGGAGACUUCAAUUUGCCACGAGACAAGUUUUUAAAGGAACAGAUCAAAUUGGAUGAAGGCUGGGUACCUUUGGACACAAUGAUAAAAUUCAACAGGCUAAACCGACUGACAACAGACUUUAAUGUAAUUGUCCAAGCACUGGGCAAAUCUAAGGCAAAACUUAUGGAAGUGAGUGCAGACAAAACUAAAAUCAGAAGAUCUCCAAGCAGACCCCUUCCCGAAGUGACGGAUGAGUAUAAGAAUGAUGUAAAAAACAGAUCUGUUUAUAUUAAAGGCUUCCCAACUGAUGCAACCCUGGAUGACAUAAAAGAAUGGCUAGAUGAUAAAGGUCAAAUACUGAAUAUUCAGAUGAGACGAACAUUGCACAAAACAUUUAAGGGGUCAAUAUUUGCUGUGUUUGAUAGUAUUCAGUCUGCAAAGAAGUUUGUGGAUACCCCUGGUCAGAAGUACAAAGACACAAGCUUGUUAAUACUCUUUAAGGAAGAUUACUUUGCAAAGAAAAAUGAAGAAAGAAAGCAGAGCAAAGUGGAAGCUAAAUUAAAAGCUAAACAAGAACAUGAAGGAAAACACAAGACAGGAAGUGCUGAAACACGACCUCUAGAAGGAAGGAUGGGGUGCUUACUGAAGUUUUCAGGUGACUUGGAUGACCAGACCUGUAGAGAAGAUUUACACAUCCUUUUCUCAAAUCACGGCGAAAUAAAAUGGAUUGACUUUGUCAGAGGAGCAAAAGAGGGAAUAAUUCUCUUUAAAGAGAAAGCUAAGGAAGCACUUGAGAAAGCCAGGAGUGCAAAUAAUGGUAACCUACAAUUAAGGAACAAAAAGGUGACUUGGAAAGUACUAGAAGGACAUGCGGAAAAAGAUGCGAUGAAGAAAAUCAUGGAUGAUCAGCAAGAAUCACUAAACAAAUGGAAGUCAAAAGGAGGCCGCAGAUUUAAAGGAAAAGGAAAGGGAAACAGACCUCCUUAUGCUGGGGGACCCAAAGGAAGAGGACAGUUUCAUGGCAGGAGAACAAGAUUCGAUGAUGAUGACUACCAUCACCAUCAUCGACGUGGAUCAGGACCAAUGAAAAGAGCAAGGGACGGAAGAGACAGAGAAGAGCCUGCAUCAAAGCAUAAGAAGAGAGAGAACGGCGCUAGAGACAAGUAGUUUAGUAAGCAGUGUUUUUAUUCAUCUUAGUUAGAUUUUAAGCUGCUUUUUGUCUUCAGAAGCUUUUAAAAAGAAAAGCGAAUUAGGUCCACUUCAAUGUCCACCUGUAUAAAAGGAAAAGAAUUUGUUUUACUUGUCUUUUUUUGUUGUUGUUGUUACCCAAAUGAAAGUUUUUUAAAAUGUAUAGUUCCUGUUUGUGUUUGGAUGAUUCAAAUAUGAAAAGGAAGAUUCUUCCUCCUAAUUGCCUUUGUAAUAUGAGAAUGUAUUAGUACAAACUUGUAAAAUAUAUGCUGUAUAAAAAUA